UGUUGGGUUCCGUCUCUGGUCUCGUGUCCUGUCGCCAUGACGCUCGCCAUCUUCUUCGGGUGCACCUUCAUCGCCUUCGGGCCGACACUCGGCCUUUUCCUCUUCACCAUUGCCCGCGACCUGCUCCGUAUCAUCAUCCUCAUCGCCGGAUCAGUCCCGCACCGGUGCCGGGCUUUCUUUUGGCUGGUGUCGCUGCUGCUCUCCUCCCUCAUCUGGUUUAUCACUGUUAAAGUCAGCGACCCCCAGGAUGAGCCGUUGCAGAAGGGGCUCUUGAUAUUUGGGGUGAUGUUCUCUGUGUUGCUGCAGGAGGCCUUCCGCUUCCUCUACUACAAGCUCCUCAGAGGUGUAUUGAAAUGUCAGAAUAUGAGAUUAAUGGGAACUGGGGAGAGUCGACUGGAACAGCUUGUAGGUGCCUGCCAAGAAAUCGUGAACUUUAGUAAAAGGUAAUUCUGGCAGGGGGAGAUCGCGACCACCGACUCAUAUACCACCUACCCAAAUCGUACCCCAGACCCAUUUCUAGACCUUUCUAAGCUUUAUUGUGCAGAAUCGGAUAUGGGAGGAGAAUAUGUUAAUGAUUUACAGGAAAUAUCAUGGUUAUGCAUGAAUACUUAAUGAAUAUGUAUGAAUAAGUUCUAUAUAUGGAAUCUGAUUUUGGGACCUGGCGUGCGUUGAUCGUGAGAGGACUCGCUCACGCACCCGGCCGUCAAUAAAGAAGUGUCUGCUUAUCUA